UAUGCUGACAUGUCAGUAAUGGUCACACAGUUGACGUGUAGCAAAUAUUGUUUGUGAAAUAUAGUAAAUAUUACUGAAAAUAGUGCUUAAAUUACAGUGAAGAUGUCUCAAUUUGGUGGUCCCAAUGAUUUCUACGCUUCCGGGCCAUCGGCGGAUGCCAGCUACAACUUCGAUAUGCCGGAAUUUGGUCAGGAACUGAACUUCCAGAGCUUCGAUAAUACACAGCCCUCGGUGCCGCCCAACUAUGAUGCGACAUAUGCCCAGCCUCCAGCGCAAGGCUUGGGCGGAUUCUAUGACCCCACGGCAUACACGGACACGAGCUAUGGCCAGGACAAGAGCGCCAAACAAGGCGGCGCAGGUGGAACCGGCAACGAGUUCGAUGAUGAGCCGCCACUUUUAGAGGAACUGGGCAUCAAUCCGAAUCACAUUUUCCAAAAGACACUGGCUGUGCUCAAUCCUUUGAGGGGCACCGACCAGCAAAUACUGCAGGACACGGACAUGGCGGGGCCGUUGGUCUUUUGCCUCACACUUGGUGGCUUCCUGCUGCUGAGCGGCAAGGUAACAUUCUCCUACAUCUAUGGCAUCGGCGUCAUGGGCUGCAUUUUCUUCUAUUGCCUGCUGUCGCUGAUGGUCAUCCGGGCGCAGGUGACCUUCGGGGCGGUGGCCUCCGUGCUUGGCUAUUGUCUGCUGCCCAUGGUGGUGCUGUCGGGCAUCAACAUUUUAAUCACCAUUCAGGGCACACUCGGCCUAAUUGUGAGCGGCAUCUCCAUAUUCUGGUGCGCCAUAUCGGCCUCGAAACUGUUCGCCACCGCCUUCUCCAUGGACCAUCAACAGCUGCUGAUUGCCUAUCCGUGUGCGGUGCUCUAUGGAGGAUUUGCGUUGAUUACCAUUUACUAGGGCCACGGGCAGCCACUAGUUCCCUCGUCCAUGCCACUCCCACUGCUCCCCAAAACCCUCGUCGAUGGUUGUGUUUGCCUGCUUUUAAUUGUCCUGCAAAUACACACACACAUACACAACAAAUACACAGGCUUGGAGCAGGAAGAAGGAAAAACAACAAGAGGAAGGGGGAGGCUCUACACAUGGAUAUGUAUAUUUUUAAGAAAAUAAGCGCCGAUUGCAAAUUUGUUUUGCUUUCCCUUUUUUGUCGGGUGGCUCCUCUUCACUCAAUUCUUUUGUUGUGGGCCCAUGUAAUAAAUU